AUGUCACCUCACGCGGCGCAUGGCCGCGAUCGUUUCCUCAAGCAGUCCAUCGGCUCGCUCGUCCCAAAAGUCCAUGAGAGCCGUGUGCUGCUUGUUGGCGCUGGAGGCAUCGGCUGCGAGCUCCUCAAGAACCUCCUCCUCUCUGGCUUCGGCACCAUCCACAUCAUCGAUCUGGAUACAAUCGACCUCUCAAACUUGAAUCGGCAGUUUCUCUUCCGCCACGAGCAUAUCAAGAAGCCCAAGGCCCUCGUCGCAAAAGAAGUCGCUCAGAAGUUCAGGCCUCAGUCGACCAUCGAAGCAUACCAUGCCAACAUCAAGGAAAGUCGCUUCAAUGUCGACUGGUUCGCAUCCUUUGAUCUCGUCUUCAACGCACUAGACAACCUCGAUGCGAGGAGACAUGUCAACCGGAUGUGUCUAGCGGCAAAUGUUCCUCUGAUAGAGAGCGGCACCACCGGUUACAAUGGUCAGGUCCAGGUCAUCAAGAAGGGACGGACAGAAUGUUAUGACUGCACGAACAAACCUGUGCCCAAGUCAUUCCCCGUCUGCACCAUAAGGAGCACGCCCAGUCAGCCCAUCCAUUGCAUCGUCUGGGCAAAGAGUUACCUAUUCCCCGAACUUUUUGGAACGAGCGAAGAUGAUGUCGAGCUUGAUCAUACAGAAGAUGCUGAAAACGCUGGUGAAAUCGAGAAUCUACGACAGGAAGCGAAGGCUCUAAAGGAGAUCCGGAACUCCAUGCCUUCAGAUGAGUUUACUGAAAAAGUGUUCGAAAAGGUCUUCCACAAAGACAUUGUCCGUCUACAAGCCGUCGAAGAGAUGUGGAAGUCAAGGCCAAAGCCAAACCCGCUCUCCUACAGCUCCCUAUCAGAGGAAUCUAAAGGAAUCGACGCAAGCAUUUGUUCGGAUGAUCAGAAAGUCUGGACCGUAGCUCAGAAUUUCGUCGUCUUCAAGGACAGUAUUGUGAGGCUGAAAAAGCGGCUCUUGGAUGGCCAGCCCGAAACACAGGAUGGAGACAAGAUCAUGCUAUCAUUUGACAAGGACGAUGUUGACACAUUGGAUUUUGUGGCUUCGAGUUCUAACUUACGUGCUGCGAUCUUUGGAUUGGAAGCCAAAUCCAAAUUUGACAUCAAGCAAAUGGCGGGCAACAUCAUUCCUGCUAUUGCAACUACCAAUGCAAUGACAGCCGCGCUGUGUGUUCUACAGGCAUUCAAAGUUCUAAAGAAUGAUUACGAUAGUGCAAAGAUGGUAUUCCUUGAACGAUCUGGUGCUCGAGCUAUUAAUACUGACAGCCUCAAGCCCCCAAACCCCGACUGUGCUGUCUGUGCUGUAGCUCAGAGAAAGAUUUUCAUUAAUCCAGAGAGUGCAACCCUCAAUGAUCUGGUGGAAAAAGUUCUUCGGCUUGAGCUAGGUUAUGGCGAGGAAUUUUCAGUCAGCAACCAAAUAGGGACCAUCUAUGAUCCAGACCUGGAAGACAAUCUGCCCAAGAAACUAAGCGAACUCGGCGUUGAAAAGGACAGCUUCAUUACCGUUGUGGACGAAGAGGAUGAAAACCCCCGGGUUAACCUGGAAAUACUCGUCUCCGAACGAACUGACGAUAAAUCUCCUAUCUCUCUUGAGGCGUCUGACGCUGACAUCCCGCGGAAACCGAAGCCCGCUGGGGAACAGGAGCCUCCUGUUACCACCCAGGAGAAUGGAAUAUCCGGCAAACUCAAGCGAACUGCAGACGAGGCAGGGCUUGAAGUUGUCGAAGGUCAGCCUGCAAAGAAGAUAGCUAACGGGACAGAAGACUGCAACAACACCCCAACAAACCCUAUUAUUGUCGAGGACGACACAGGCACUAUCCUUAUAGACGCUGAUUAA